AUGUUUCGGUCACCACUUUUCGCUUGGUCACCACGACCAGAUCAGGAUCAGGACCUCGAGGCCUCUUUAAGGACGCCUGCAACACAGAAUCCGUCGCGGUUCAGCGCAUUCCGAAAUAACGUGAGGGGAAUUGUCAACGGAUCGUCGAUAUACUCGCAGUCGCCGGCCCUCAACAACAAUACCAACAUCAACACACCUAAAACACCAUUUCUAGGCUUCUGGAACCGCCAGCAACAGCCCAACCUCGAUGCCGACACCACACAUCGUGAAUCUCACGAUUCCAGAUCUCCUCUCCAUGCACAUCAUACCGCAGGGUCCUACAUCGGCGCCAUCGCACCACCGCAAGACCACCAGGAACCAACCACUGUCUACUCUGCCCGUCACCCAGCGGACGUCCCGUUGCCUGGAAGCAGUCAUCAGCAAGAUGGUUUUGCAGACCCCGAGAUUCAGCAACUCGCCGAUGAAAUAAACGGCCGCCGACACAAACGCCGGAAGCACCACAAGCGGAGAAAGCACUACCACCACCAUCGCCACCGCACUGAACGAUCUGGAUCAAAUGGAUCAAACGGAUGGGUACGCAGAAGAGAAGAGCGAGGCACACACACCACCGCUGUGUAUAUCCGCGGAUCAGCUGCACGAGGAAAGAUGAUAGCGUGUGUGAUUUCGGGGACGGUUUUAAUUACUAUCCUCGCAAUCUACCUAGCAAUCGCCCUUACAAACCGCUCCCUCGGCCAAGAAAUUCACAUCCUCUUCAUCAUGGUUCUGCUCACCAUCACAAUCUUCUUCUGCCACUCCCUCAUCCGCCUCUGCAUGCUCAUGCUGAAUCCACCUUCGCCUCACGACAGCCACCGCGGAGUCAUGCCCGAUAUGAUGGGAAGUGGGGGCGAGGGCUUCCAACCUAUCGUUCCAAUUCGCGUGCAUCUCAGGCGGGAUGAGGAGGCUGCUGACGGUGGUGUGGAUAGCGAGGCAGCUCUGGCAAACGACGUAGUGAUGGAUGAUGAGAAGGAUAUGCCGCCACCUCCGCCACCGGCGUACGGGCUCUGGCGCAGCAGCGUACGCGUCGACCCCAACUUGUUGCAUUGGCAGCGUGCCGAUGAUGUUGCGCGCGGAAGCGCCAUGUCUACUGCUAUGCGCUCGCGCUCUGGAUCCAUGUCUGGUCCUGCCGUCCUUGCGGCUGCGUCUCUACGUGGAAGCGCUGCGUCCACCAAUGCACCACCCACAUCACAACAGCCAGAAGGUCCCCGCCCACCUUCCUACGUCUCGGAAGAUGGCGUAAGCUACAUUACUGAAGCGCAGCCGAGGAGUACGGUGAAUAUCGGUAGUGGGUUGAGUGAGAUUCAUCCUGCGUGGCGGCCUGGGUAUGCCAUGAGUGAGAUCAGAGGGGGUGAGCUGCCCGCUUCUGCCAUGAACGGAAGCCGUGUAUAA